AUUUCUCAAAGCCUCAAGAAUGGGAAAAAUGGAUAAGAAGGUUUGAAAGAUUUCGCAUUGCCAGUAACCUGAACGCAAGCUCUGAAGAAAAUCAAAUAAAUACGUUGAUUUACUGCAUGGGAGAUGAAGCAGAUGACGUUAUGCGAGGAUUAAGCGUGCCUGCAGACCGACGAGGGACGUAUCAGGGAGUGAGAGAUGGCUUCCAAGCAUUUUUCAUUGUGAAGAAAAUUGUAAUCUACGAACGUGCAAAAUUCAACUUGCGGAAGCAGGAAGAAAAUGAAACCGUGGAUGCAUUUGUUACUGCACUGUAUGCAUUAGCAGAACACUGUGGCUAUGGAGCACUUCAUGACGAGCUGAUUCGUGAUCGACUCGUGGUUGGUCUGUCCGAUAAGCGCCUGUCAGAACGCAUGCAGCUUGACCCGGAUCUCACCCUGGAAAAAGCUAUCAACAUGGCUAGACAGAGCGAGGAAGUGAAAAGGCAGCAAUCUUCACUGCAAAAUGACACCAGAACACAGCACGGAGAUGCCAAAUGUGUCGACAGGGUGCACAAAAGCAGCCAAAAGGUUAAAACCAAAUCACAUCCAGACUUCAAACAGAGCAAACCAUGGAGGACUCAACACAACAAACCAAACCCACAGUGUCAUAAGUGUGGCAGCUCUUCACCCCAUCCAAAACGUGAGUGUCCAGCUAAUGAAACUACAUGCCAUGCAUGUGGAAAAAAAGGCCAUUACAUAAGAGUGUGCAAAAAUAGAAAGACUUUGCAUGAAGUGGAAGAAGAUGUCGAUGCUUUAUUCCUUGGUAGCGUUACCAGCAAUGGAGAGCCGUGGAUGGUAGACCUCCACAUAAACAAUAAAAGCGUGUCAUUUAAAAUAGACACAGGAGCCGACGUAACAGUUUUGCCACUUCAGGUGUUCAGAAAAAUCUUCAAAAACAGCAUCCCACCCACUCUUCAGAAAUCAACCAAGCCUCUGCUAGGACCUGGGAGAAAGCCAUUAAACGUUCUUGGAUACACAGAGCUGAACCUUCAGAAAGGAGAAAAAGAAGCAAAAGAGGUUGUGUACAUCCUGAAACACCUGCACACAGCACUGCUGGGAAGACCAGCUAUUCACAAGUUGGAGCUAGUUGCUCGCUUAGACAACCUGACCAUAGAGACGCUAAAAACCAGCUACCCAAAACUGUGCAGUGGCCUUGGUGAAGUGAAACAGCCAUAUAACAUCAAGUUAAAGCCAGAUGCUCAGCCUUUCUCACUAAAGACACCUCGGAGAGUUCCACUGCCACUCAUGGACAAAGUUAAGAAAGAACUGUCCCGCAUGGAAGACUUGGGUGUGAUUAGCAGAAUCGAGGAGCCAACAGACUGGUGUUCUGGCAUGGUGGUGGUACCCAAAAAGAAAACUGACAAGGUGCGUAUUUGUGUUGAUCUCACACACCUUAACCGUUCAGUGUGUCGGGAAAAAUACAUUCUGCCUUCAGUGGAAGAAACACUUGGCAGACUAGCUGGAGCCAAAAUUUUUAGCAAGCUAGAUGCUAAUAUGGGAUUUUGGCAAAUUCCCCUCACAGAAGAGUCAGCGAAAUAUACCACCUUUAUUACCCCCUUUGGCCGUUAUUAUUUUAAGCGGCUACCCUUCGGCAUUGCUUCUGCUCCGGAACAUUUCCAGAACAGAAUGUCAGAAGUCAUUGACAGUCUGGAGGGUGUGGUUUGCCACAUGGAUGACGUACUGGUCUGGGGCAGAACACAAGAGGAGCAUGACAGUCGCCUACAUGGCGUGCUCAAGAGGUUGCAGGAGGCAGGCAUUUCACUGAAUGUGGAAAAAUGUGACCUGUCAAAGCAAGAAGUGACUUUUCUAGGACAUGUCAUCACAACCAAUGGCAUCAGUCCUGACCCAAGCAAGACGGAAGCAGUGAGAAAAAUGAAAGAACCAACAAAUGUUUCAGAACUGAGAAGUUUCCUUGGAACCGUAAACCAGCUGGGAAAGUUCAUCCCUCAGCUGGCAGAAAGAGAUAAACCUCUGAGAGACCUUCUUUCUAAAAAGAACCACUGGGUGUGGGAUGUCGACCAGGCUCAAGCAUUCAAAGACCUUAAAGAUUCUUUGUCUUCACCUCCUGUUUUGGUCAUGUAUGAUCCAAAUCGUGACAGCAAAGUUUCAGCCGAUGCAUCAUCAUACGGACUGGGGAGCGUCCUACUACAGAAAUGGGAGAACGACUGGCGACCCGUGGCUUAUAUCUCUCGAGCUCUCACGCAAACAGAGCAGAGGUACGCUCAAAUAGAGAAAGAAGCUCUAGCCCUUACUUGGGCUUGCGAAAGGUUCAGGAACUUCCUCAUUGGAAAGCACUUCCAGAUGGAGACUGACCACAAACCUCUCCUGAGCUUGUUGGGGUCUCAACAGUUAGACGCACUUCCACCACGGAUCCAGCGGUUCAAGAUGCGGCUCAUGCGUUAUUCCUACUCCAUAUCGCAUGUGCCAGGAAAGAGUCUGUGGACAGCGGACAUGUUAUCACGUGCUCCCAUAACACAUAAGGAAACACCAGAGGACAAGGAGCUGCUGGAGGACACAAAUAUAUAUGUGGACAGUAUAAUGGAGAACUUGCCAGCAAGCACCUCCUACUUGGAACACCUGAGACAAGAGCUGAAACUGGACAGCGUCUGUGCACGAGUGAUGCAACUCUGCGAGCAAGGAUGGCCGUCACACUACAACGGUGAGCCAGCAAUUCGACCCUACUGGGUGGAACGAGCAUCACUCUCAGUGCAUGAUGGACUGUUACUCAAGGGCGACAGACUUGUUAUCCCUUCAUCGAUGAGAAAUGACGUGCUCACAACUCUGCAUGAAGGUCACCAAGGAGUAGUGAAAUGCCGGGAACGUGCACGGCAGUCUGUGUGGUGGCCUGGAUUAAGCCAGCAGAUAAAUGAGUUAGUUCUGUACUGCAGGAUCUGCAUCAAAGAAAGAUGUAACCCCGCAGAGCCGCUGUUGCCAACACAGUACCCGGGGAGGCCGUGGCAAAAACUGGGUGCAGAUCUGUUCAUGCUUGGAACUAAAACUUACCUGCUGGACUGCUUUCAAUGCACAGACUGGCAAGUCUUCAAAGAAGCAGCUACGUAUGAGGGAAAGGUGAACCUAGAGGAAUACACCUCCUCUGUCCUGGGAUUUAUCUCCAAGUGUCCCAGUGAUGUCGCUACCACAAAGUUCUACGCACACUUUGAGGAUCCUGCUGUACCACCACCCUUCACCAAACUCGCCACUCCACCAGGUGAUAUGCCCCUCAAAGUGUCCGCAGCUGAUGUGAGCAGGACCCUUAAAGGAAUUAACCCCCGCAAAGCUGCUGGCCCCGAUAACAUCCCAGGAAAGGUGCUGAAGGACUGUGUAUCUGAGCUGUCUGAGGGUUCAACAGUUACGGGGCUUGAUGACUACCGACCCAUAGCACUGACCCCGGUAGUCAUGAAGUGCUUCGAGAGGCUGGUUAUGGCCCAUAUAAGGAACAACAUUGAUGCCACUGUGGACCCACAGCAGUUCGGUUACAAGGAGAACCGCUCCACUGAUGAUGCCAUCUCAUCUGUGGUCCACACAGCCCUUCAGCACAUGGAGGGCAGGAACACCUAUAGUCAUGGCCAGAAGUUUUGA